AUGGAGCACUCUUCGCUCGCGGCUGCCCCGCCCAACAUUCCUCGCAGGUCCCGAGGAGAACGUGAGCUCGGCCAGCACGUCGUCGUCGACCAGUCCUCCCCCGACCGUUCACGCCGUAGCUACCUUUCCCGUGCCAGUGCCAGUGCCGGUGCCAAGUCGAGGCGCGACCGCGACUACCACGACGUCUUCGCCGACUGGUCCUCCCGAGACCGUGAGCGGUACGCCGACCGCUACCUGCGAGACAAAAAGGAGGACGACCGAGACCGGGUCGGCCCACUUGCCCCCGCUUCGCCCGAGGUCAUCUCCUCGCUGAUCACCUCGCUGUCCACCAUCUCCCGUCCGGUCAGUAACCAUUUCGACGGCCCCGCGUACCUGAGCCCCAUUGGACCAGGCAGCCCCCUUUCCGUCUCCUUCCCCGGCUCCCCCAUCAGCGGCUCCUUCGGUGUCGACUACGGGGCCUACUCCAAGCCGUCGCUCAAUCAGCUCCGGGAAGAAGAGGAUGUGCCCCUAGAGGACUUGGCAGCCAGUCCUCCGGUCGUGCGGACCUCGAAACACCCGAGCAGCGUGUCGUCCUUGACGUCGCCCCGGUCGCCCAAGAGCCCCGGGAUCCGCCGAGACUCGUCCGGACUGAGGAGCCUCCUGUCCCGACGCAGCAGCGGCGGCUUUUCUCGCCCUUCGAGCAAAGGAUCUGUGGCAUCCGGUACCGAAAGUAUUGGCAAACUGAGCGUCGAGCGCACCCAGGAGCCCCUGUCCCCCGGAGGGUCGGACAGCCAAGGUCUGAAGAAGCAGCAGUCGUACGACAGCUGGGGGAAAUCCGCGGCCAGAAGCGCUCGCGGUCUUAUGUACAUGAGCAGCAAGGAGCGACUCCGCGAGAAAGAAGCCGAGAAGAAACGAUCGAGCGUCGGGACCCUCAACGGAAACGCCAAUCGACUGAGUUCAUCGAGCAUUGCUCCACCGCCCCAUCACGAUCCCUUGUCCGCGGACUCCAUCAUCAACGAAGAAUCCCACGCCGACUAUUCCGUCGGCCAAUACCACAACACGCCGCUGGAAGGCCCGAUCGACACGACAAAUCCGCGACUGAUACCCACCCGAGACUCGUCUCUGCGCAAGAGCAAGCGGUCGUCUGCGCGGAUCUCGCGGUCGUCGAAACGAGAUAGCGAAGGCGCGUACGGUACCAUCCCAGAGCUGGAGGAACAUCCGCAGGGCUCGCGAAGUGAUCCUGCGAAGCGACGACAGCCCAAGAACCACGGCCUGGCUCCCUUGAAUCUCGCACCGGCGUCUCCGCACGAGCAGCAUUCUGGAACAUUUGCGCCGGCCCCGACACCCCACCACCACGCGGCGACCUCCGGGCCUUCCACACCCGCCGCCGCGAUGUUUCCAGACACAGACCCAGUUGAUGAAGGUGCCCCGUCUCCAGCUGUCGCGCAGGGGCGACGCCGGGACCGGGAAGCAAGUGCCGAUUACCAACGACGGUCCGGCCGGUUGACACCAGAUCCUUUUAGCGGCUACAACAGUGACGGUGGCGGUGCAGGAGGGCCAACAGUGAAGAAGAAGCGCAGCAGCGCCAGGCUCAAGCGGCUAUCCGGGGCAGCCAGCCAGGCACCCGACAACAGCGGAGAGCUUGGCGUCGAAGUAAAAAACAAGCGACACAGCGACCAACCCACGGUUGCUUACGAGCGGCCGCAGAGCGCCGACAGCGUGGACGACGCGGUAGAGAGAUACCUGUGCAGCCCGCGGUUGACACAAAAGAUCAAGCACCCGCAGACCGGCCGGGUGAUUAGUUUUAGUGAGGUCGGCGAUCCGGACGGGAGUGCCGUGUUUUGCUGUGUCGGGAUGGGCUUGACGCGGUAUAUUACGGCGUUUUAUGACGAGCUGGCGUUGACGUUGAAGCUGAGGCUUAUUACGCCGGAUCGGCCGGGGGUGGGUGAUAGUGAGGCGUAUGCGGAUGGGACUACGACGCCGCUCAGCUGGCCUGACGACGUCUACGCGAUUUGCCAAGCGCUCAAAAUCACCAAAUUCUCCAUCCUCGCCCACUCAGCUGGCGCGAUCUAUGCCCUCGCGACGGCCCUCCGCAUGCCCCAGCACAUCCGCGGUCGGAUCCACCUCCUCGCGCCGUGGAUCCCCCCGUCCCAGAUGAACGUAGUCGGCGCGAGCGAGAAGACCCCGCUCCCACCCACCAACGCGAUCCCGACGAGUCAACGGAUAUUACGAGCGCUGCCGACGCCCAUCCUAAAAGCGGCCAACAGCAGCUUCAUGACCGCCACGAGCUCGAGCAUCACCAGCUCGCUACCGAAACAGAAGAGAACGAAACGAGACAAGAAGGGCACGACCAAGGAAAACAAGGACCAGCCGAGGGGGAUGUUCCACUCGCUGGAUAAUAACAACAAGGAGAACCUCAACGACGGCACAGCAGAUGGGAAUUACACCACAUCACGGCCUACCGACGACGACCAACUACACCAAACCCGCACUCAAGACGGAGACGUCCCAACCAACGGCUCAAUACCUAACACCAUCGGAGUAGGCCACACCCCCCAACACCGCCGCUCCAACUCCUCCCAGCAAAAACCCUUCCGCCGCACCUCCGAAGAACCCAUCUUCUCCUCCGCCGCCACCCUCGCCAGCACCCAAGCCGCCGAACGCGAACGCCAAGAACUCUACGACAACCGUCUCACCCACGCCAUCUGGCAACUCGCAACCACCGGCGCCAACCCCGCAGUCGACCUCCUCGUCUGCCUCGAACGCCGGCACACCAUCGGCUUCCGCUACGUCGACAUCACCCGCCCUGUUGUCAUCCACCACGGCAGUCGGGAUACGCGGGUUCCCGUGGAUAAUGUGCGGUGGUUGGGGAAAACGAUGCGGAGGUGUGAGGUGAGGGUGCUGGAGGGGGAGAGUCAUGGGUUGAUGGCGAGUGCGCAGGUGAUGGGGGGCGUGUUGAUGGAGAUUAGUCGGGAGUGGGAGGAGUGGUCGCGGGUUACGGGGGCGACGAAACGGGAUGGGGAACGGGUGAGGAGGAAUACGAUUGGGCAGCGGUAG